UGGACAUCUCCACUGUUGAGGAAGGGCUUCAGAAAGAAGUUGGAUUUGACAGAUGUUUAUAAAGCACCCUCUUUUGAUCUGGCAGACACUCUUUCUGAACGACUAGAAAGGUUUGUAUCAGCCAAAGUGCCUCCCUUUAUGAACAUUUAAGGCACGUUGAACUCAUGUAUUAAAUUUAUAUAACAUUUACAUUUUAGUCAUUUAGCAGACGCUCUUAUCCAGAGCGACUUACAUGAGCAAUUAGGGUUAAAUGCCUUGCUCAAGGGCACAUCGACAGAUUUUUCACCUAGUCGGCUCGGGAUUAGAACCAGUGACCUUUCGGUUACUGGCACCACACUCUAAACCACCUGCCACCCAUUUUAUAACUAUUAUUCUUCAUCCAAAGUUAUUUUUCAAAAACGAAACAAACACAACCAUGCACCAUGCUGGCCUUGCUGCAGGGGCCACUAUGGGGUGAGGGUAGGGGCAGUGUCACUGUAAAGGGUGCCAGCAGCCCUCUAAAUGGGUGUAAAAGUCGACCUUUGAAAGGGCCAGAUGCCCUUUACAGUGGUAGCUGCAUGGGAAUUUACCUUGAAUUAACAGGUUGGUAUGGUCCCUCAAUCUAUUAUGCGCACCCACGUAUUCUCUUACUCCCUCUCUCUGUCCAUGUCUCUCUCUCAUAUCACCUGUUUUCCUCCUCUCUCUGAUUUAUUCCCUCCCUCCGCUCUCUUUUUCUCACAAAUUCUCAAAUUUAUUUUUCUCCCUCGUUCGUCAAGGUCUCUGCACUCCAUUUAAUAAGUCAGACAAAUUGCCCAGGUUAUACACCAGUGCCCUGAACAAUGUGCCCCUACUUUACUUUUACUGUUAGCCAAUGUGUGUGUUUUUUUAAUAGCUUCUAACUCCUCUGGUCUGUUUUCCUGGUGUAGAGAAUGGGACCGAGAAGUGGCAUCAGCCAAGAAGAAGCCUCGGCUCCUGCGGGCGCUCUCCCGUUGUUUCCUCUGGCCUUUUGUGUUCUACGGAAUCCUGCUGUACUUUGGGGUGAGUCCAUCUCUCCACAGAAAGCACAGGUGGCCAACAGUUGCAAUUUCUUUUUUAAAUAUAUGUUUUUCUCUAGUCUAACUAACCCACAUGAGUCAAACUCUAUAUAAAACCGAAUAACAAUCUAUUUGAUCAGGUGUAUUGGAGCUUGGCUAGAGCAAAAGCCUGCACACAUUGUGGGCUCUCCACAACCGGAGUUGGCCACGAUUGUUACAAAGGCCUGCAUACUUUAUUACUACAAUACCAGAUGAUGAACCACCUUGUAUUUAUAUGUGGGUCUUAUGAUAGUGUUAUUUUGCCCUUUUUAACUGCAUCUGUCUCUCAUACAGUAUCUCUCAUAUGAAAACAUGUCAUAUAUUGUGACAGCAGAGGUGUGCUGCCGUUGAUAGGGUUGUGUGUGUGGUCAAUUCCAUUUCAAUUCAGGAAGGGAAUGGAAAUUCCAAUUCAAGAAUGAAAAAAAGCGACCAUUGUCAAUGGGGAGUUUCAGUUUCUCAUUCAACACAUGAACUGAGUUCAAAUUCACUUCCUGAAUUGAUGGAGGGAGUUGGAACUGGAAUGGAACGGAACUCAACCCAACCUAGGCUGGCUGUUAGCCUGUUCUGUCCUGUACAUGUGUGGUACUUACUAGUGAAUUAGCAGCAUGACCAUAGUAUGGAGAAGAAGCAUGCGUCACUGCAGUGUGAGUAUCCCAGUGUCCCCGGCUUGGAGAGGAAGUUGACGUCAGCAGCAGGUCUUGCGUAGCCUGGUGGUGUGAGGUGAUCCCCCUUCUAGGAAUGCCCAUCAGUUCAGGGCUUAUGGGAGAAUAAGAGUAGAGGUAUCAAGGUAUAUCAUUAAGACCAUGAUAUCAAGGUGCCACCAAAUUCAGUUUCGUAGGGCUACAUUUUUGCCCCCUCCCCAUACUGGAUACUUUUUUCAUUAUACAGGCUACUUCAGAUUUUCAGGAACACACUGAUCAUUAUAGCAUGAUAGAUAUGUAUUUUUAUAUUUUCUUCCAGGAGGCGUCGAAGGCAGUGCAGCCCCAGCUCCUGGGUCGUAUCAUUGGCUCGUUCGACCCCAUCCAUGCCCAGGAGCGGGAGCAGGGCUACUACCUGGCCCUGGGUCUCAGUCUUCUCUUCAUCACUCGGUUCCUGCUCCUGCAGCCAGCCAUCUUUGGACUGCACCACCUGGGCAUGCAGAUACGCAUCGCUCUCUUCAGCCUCAUCUAUAAGAAGGUGCAUGUGGGGGAGAAGUGAUGUGUGUGUGUGUGUGUGGGGGGGGGGGGGGGGGGGAGUGGUGUGUGUUUGUGUGCAUCUGACAUACCACCACCUUGGCAUACAUGCAGAUCCACAUCACCCUCUUCGGUGUAGCCACACUCUAGUGUGAGGGUCAGCUGUGUGGCUGCUACACCCAGCAGCAUCUCCUGUGUCACGUUUUCAACCCUUUGUGUCCAUCCUAACCCCUGACCUUUCAACCCUUUGUGUCCGUCCUAACCCCCAAGACUCUGAAGCUGUCCAGCCGGGUCCUGGACAAGAUCAGCACAGGUCAGCUGGUCAGCCUGAUGUCUGCCCACCUCAACAAGCUGGAUGAGGUAAGAACCACCCAACUCAUCUGCUGUACUAACCCUAACCUCAACAAGAUGGAUGAGAACUAAGGACCCAAAUAAUCUACUUGACCUGAACAAAAAUAUAAAAACGCAACGUGGCUGGUCUCAGAUGAUCCCGCAGGUGAAGAAGCCGGAUGUGGAGGUCCUAGGCUGGCGUUGUUACAAGUGGUCUGCAGUUGUGAGGCCGGUUGGACGUACUGCCAAAUUCUCUAAAAUGACGUUGGAGGUGGCUUAUGUUAAAGAAAUUAACAUUAAAUUCUCUGGCAACAGCUCUGGUGGACAUUCCUGCAGCCAGCUUGCCAAAUUGAAUGCCUCCCUGCUCCCUCAACAAACUUGAUACAUCUGUGGCAAUUGUGUUAUGGGACAACAACGUCACAUUUUAGAGUGGCCUUUUAUUGUCCCCAGCAUCAGCGUGCACAUGUGUAAUGAUCAUGCUGUUUAAUCAGCUUCUAGCCACACCUGUCAGUGUGAUUAUUGCAAAGGAGAAAUCACAACAGGGAUGUAACAAAUGUCACAGAGAAAUGAGCUUUUGGCUAUGAUGAGGAUCUUUAUGCCCUUGAAACUGGGACAACAUUUACUGGCGUUUUAAAUGAACAAAAUAUACAAAGUUAAGUGAUUUUCAUGAGCUGAAAUAAAGAUCCAGAAUGUUCCUAUACCACAAAAGUUAUUUCUCUCAAAUUUGUGCACAAUUUGUUACUCCUGGUGAGAUGUCCAAGAUAUCACCCACUGGGUGUGCAUGUCUAAUCAGAAGGUCAGAGAGAGUAACUUUGGUCUGAAUGACGUUCUAUCGAAGACUUACGUCCAUAGGGGACACCACCGUUGAGUGAAAUGGAGGAGGACAGGACGGGUGAUAGAAUAGCCAUUUGGAGCGGGAAUAGGUGGCCAUGGGGCAGUGACGGGCCACACGUAGUCAGGCCGGGGAUUUAAAUCAUUGUUGUGUCGUCAUCCAAACACCCCACUACUAGCUGUACUCCCAGGAAUAUCUCCCAAUUUAACUACUGUAUGUGGUAGGGUAAAUCCAUUUGAAUUCAAUCACUUUUUGACAGCAUCCCUUUGGAUUUAAACAAAACUUUCCAUAUGUUCGCCCAUGGAAGAAGUGGUCAGAAAGUGACUUUUUUGACAUUUUGCAUACCCCACCAUACCAUGAGACAUCCAUGUCUUCAUCACUGGAAAAUAAACAGUUGAAUUUGAUAUAAUUUAAAAGCUUACAAACACUGUUGUGUUCCUGCAUGUCUCUUCAUACAUUCAUGUGUGUUGCAGAGCCUUGGCCUGGCCCACUUUGUGUGGAUCACCCCUCUGCAGUGUAUCCUGUGUGUGGGUUUGAUCUGGGAGCUGAUAGAGGUGAAUGGUUUCUGUGCCCUGGCUGCCCUCACCCUGCUGGGCAUUGUGCAGGCCUGCCUCUCACAGAAGAUUGGGCCUCACAGGUGGGUACUGGACUAACAUUCUACCGCUAAUAACCAACAGUGCAUCGUUAAAUGUGCAUCAAUUGACACAAAAUAGAAAGGAAAAUGUAAACAAAAUGGUGGGUUAAGGGGAAAUGGGAAAAAUAAAAUUAAAAUAUAUACCCACAACCUUAUUCCACUACUUUAACCCGAUCUGACCCUACCCCAGGCCAACGACCAGUGUGGACGGGACACUACCACUCAACACACCCUGUAACUCUUCUAAAGUCAAAUCUUGUACCCCCAAGUACUUCUCUGCAGCUGCCACCACAUCAUCUAUUUUCUGUGACUUAUGUUCCAUCUCUGCGGUACAGUUGAUAACCAUUGCUAUUGAAUGAUAAGAAGCCAACCUUACUGAAACGUAUCAUUCAUUGGCCUAUCCCUCUGUUCUAGCACAGAUCUACUAUUCACAGGGAUCCUCUCAGAAUCCCUCACCCUUGAUCCAUCCUCCUCUACUUUCUUCACUGCCUCAGCAUAUGACAUCUUCUGCACUACUCUGACUCUAGCCACCUCAACCUGCCUCUCUCGCACCGGACACCUCUGAUCCCCAGCAACAUGGGCACCCCUACAGUUGACAACUUUUUCCAUCAAAACUACACAUUCCUCUGUCCCAUGUCCUUCUGCACACUUCCCACAUCUUGGAAUCUCCCUCCUACACACUGCUGUGACAUGGCCAUAAACGUGACACGUAUAACACCACAGUGUAUUCGGCACAAAAACUGUUUGAUCCAGGAAUAAAUCUUGUUAAUUAACAUGCAGACCCAUCAAGUUUGGAUGUUUAUGCUCAGCCAUCUCUCUGAACUUGGAAAUUCAUUUUAUCAUCUUGUGUGUGUAUGUGUGCGUAAGUACAUGUGUCUUAUUCUGUGUGUGUGUGUGUGUGUGUGUGUGUGUGUGUGUGUGUGUGUGUUUGUGUGUGUUGGGGGGGGGGGGGGGGUCCUAUAAUCAGGCAGAAAAGAGCAGGGAUGAUCAGUCGUCGUCUUGCUCUGACCUCAGAGAUCGUAGAGAACAUCCACUCAGUGAAGGCCUACGGCUGGGAGGAGGUGAUGGAGACCAUCAUCAAGAACAUCAGACAGUAAGACAACACACAAAACCCUCCAUAACCUAACUACAACCUAAUACUGUUCAUCAGGGGUGUCGUACUCAUUCCAUGGCGGCCGAGUGUCUGCAGGUUUUCGGUUUUUCCUUUCAAUUAAGACCUAGACAACCAGGUGAGGGGAGUUCCUUACUAAUUAGUGACCUUAAUUCAUCAAUCAAGUAAAAGGGUGGAACAAAAACCUGCAGACACUCGGCCCUCCGUGGAAAAAAAUCACGACAGCUGUGAUGGAAACAGGAAGGUUCGGUACAAUUUUAUAAAACCCGACAGAUAAUUUGUUCGUUCGACAUGGUGGGAUCUUUUUGUGUCAGUAAAAUGUAUUAUGCGAGAAAUGGCAGUGGAAAUGGAAGUGAUAUAAUAACCAUCAUAUCGAAGUAAACUUGGAGUCACGCGAAGACAUGGUGUGUGGUCCUCCCACUAAUCCUUGCAGUUUACAGGCUACAGAUGAAAUAGGUUAUGAGGAACUUCACAGGGUGGUGAAAGUGCACCGUAUGAGCUUGAUACUCCUUUACAAUAAAUGUCAAGGGUCUUAUUCUGGCGACAUGAUGGUAGAUGCUUGACUGCCAUUUAACAAAUAAAAAUAAUUGAGCUCUUUUGUCCAUAAUAAUCUCAUUAUAUAGGCUCUACCCGCCCUGUAUCUGCGAGCUGUUGGCUAAAGCGCACGUGCCAAUACCAGAGUGGGGCACACUAUUUACCGUGCGUUUUUAGAUGAAAUCUUGGAGGCACACAAAAUUUAAUAGUGAAUCCAGCGAAGUCACUACACAACCAACACAACAACACUAACAAGACUCUACGUGACCUGUAGGCUAUCUGUCCCAACAGCAGAGCUUCUUUUCGCGGAAUCAUUACCACUUCUACUGGCAUCAGCGGGCAAACAGUUCAUCUGCCAAGCAUUCUCAGCCUCAUUUACUGCCUUUUUAAAAAACAUAGCUGAUAUGGCUGACUUACUUAAACAAAUGUGGUUUCUACUUACAUUUGAGAUGUACAAACUCUGGCAUAAGGGAGCGAUGAGCGGAAAUCCGUAAUUUAGAUUAAGACAAAUGAGAGAGUAGACUGACGUAGUUAAAUAAAUAUUGCACGCAGCACUUUUGAAAUACUCAGAGUGGCCGACACAAGGAGUCGCUUAGAGGGCGAUGAGCAAGUAAAGCCCCCCCCAGCCAAACCCAUCCUGAAACCCGGAUGACACGGGGCCAAUUGUUUGCCACCACCACGGAAUCCGGUUCACAGCCAGUUGUGACACAGGCUGGGAUCGAACCCGGGUCUGUAGUGACGCCUCAAGUGCCUUAGACCGCUGCGCCGCUCAGGUGGCCGGAUGGGCACUUCUAUUGUAAAUCUAUGUCAGCACCCAAGAGGGCUACAAGGCCCUCCCCCGCCCUCCCUUCGGCAAAUCAGAUCACAAGUUCAUUCUGCUCCUCCCUUCCUAUAGGCAGAAACUCAAAGAGGAAGUCCCCGUCCUAAGGUCUAUUCAACAUUGGUCUGACCAACCGGAAUCCAUGCUUCAAGAUUGUUUCGAUGACGGUUUGCCACUGUAUGUAACGCAACAUUGUUUGUGAGAAAACCAUCAGUAGAUGGGAAACCCAUUUACUUGUAUUUUUUAUUCGGUACAUGGGAAUUUAACCGCAAAAGGUAUUUUUAUGUGCACUACGUCAUCACGCACAGCCUUUUAUCUGCAACAAGUCAAUUUGAUGGAAACACAUCUCUGGUGGGAAAAUGUGCAUAUUGUUUUUAUGUCGAUUUUUGCAUAUUCAAAAUUAAAAUCUGUCGGCAAUUGGAUGGAAACCUAGCUACUGUGGGCAUGUUUGCAGGGGAAAAGAUGGGCUUAUUUCAGGCAAAGUGAAGGCUGCCCUCACCAUAAAUGCACUGCCCACACUGGGAAAAUCCACGUUGGCCCCCAAGGCAUUUUCCCAGUGUGGCCCAGUGUGGGCAGGGAAUUUCUGGUGAGGGCAGCCUUCACUUUGCCUGAAAUAAGCCCAUGAGCCAAUGAGCAAAGGUGCAUUGGCACAAUAUUGGCAGCGUACUUGGGACCAAUAUUUUAGCAUGCAUUGGGCCCACAUUGUGCCAAUGUGGACAUGUUUGCUGGUAACAAUCCGAGAACUAUGGGGAAAGUGGUCAUGCUUUUGACUUAACGCAGGGAUGGGCAACUCCAGUCCUCGGAUGAUGGAAUGAUGUCACAUCUUUUCACCAUCCCUAGCAAACACAGCUGAUUAAACUAAUUGCAUUCUAAACUGAAGAUCACGAUUAGUUGAUUAUUGGAGUCAGGUGUGUUAACUGGGGCUGGGGAAAAAGUGUGACACAAAUCAGGCACCUGAGGACUGGAAUUGCCCAUCCCUCCUCUAAUGUAUAACUCCAAUACUCUGAGGUGAAAAGUCAUGGUAGGAACACUAUCCCAUCCACCAGAGAUCUUCUGGGGGAAAAAAACAUGAAUUAAUGAGAUUCCCAUCAAGAUAAUUUCACUUAAAUUCCAUUAAAUAUGACCCGAAGCUCAAAGGAUGGAUUCAUUGCCAUCUAUGAUCAUGACAUUCACAAACAAAGCCAAUCAGAGAAACACUCCUGCAUUGUGUAGUCCAGCCAAUGAAUGGACAAUCCCUGAGUCAAUUGCCAAUGUUCAAUGUUUAAUCCCUGUCUGAUUUGCUGAUUUAGGCCUAAAUGCAUAAUUAGAUUUCCCUGUUGAUGUCUGUCCACCUAUUGAUGCCGCUGCGUCAAGACCGUUGACAGGACAUCUUGUGACCUUGGCUUCCUUGUCUAGGCAACAUUUGGCUUAAACUAUGUUUUUUCAAUGAGAAAACCAAAUAAUUCCAAUGUACUGCAUUUACAGUGGCUUGUGAAAGUAUUCACCCCCCUUGGCAUUUUUCCUAUUUUGUUGCCUUACAACCUGGAAUUAAAAUGGAUUUUUUGGGGGGUUUGUAUCAUUUGAUUUACACAACAUGCCUACCACUUUGAAGAUGCAAAAUAUUUUUUAUUGUGAAACAAACAAGAAAUAAUAAAUAAUAAAAUAAAAACUUGAGCGUGCAUACCUAUUCACCCCCCCCAAAGUCAAUACUUUGUAGAGCCACCUUUUGCAGCAAUUACAGCUGCAAGUCUCCUGGGGUAUGUUUCUAUAAGCUUGGCACAUCUAGCCACUGGGAUUUUUUCCCAUUCUUCAAGGCAAAACUGCUCCAGCUCCUUCAAGUUGAAUGGGUUCCGCUGGUGUACAGCAAUCUUUAAGUCAUACCACAGAUUCUCAAUUGGAUUGAGGUCUGGGCUUUGACUAGGCCAUUUCAAGACAUUUAAAUGUUUCCCCUUAAACCACUCGUGUGUUGCUUUAGCAGUAUGCUUAGGGUCAUUGUCCUGCUGGAAGGUGAACCUCUGUCCCAGUCUCAAAUCUCUGGAAGACUGAAACAGGUUUCCCUCAAGAAUUUCCCUGUAUUUAGCUCCAUCCAUCAUUCCUUAAAUUCUGACCAGUUUCCCAGUCCCUGCCGAUGAAAAACAUCCCCACAGCAUGAUGCUGCCACCACCAUGCUUCACUGUGGGGAUGGUGUUCUCGGGGUGAUGAGAGGUGUUGUGUUUGCGCCAGACAUAGCGUUUUCCUUGAUGGCCAAAAAGCUCAAUUUUAGUCUCAUCUGACCAGAGUACCUUCUUCCAUAUGUUUGGGGAGUCUCCCACAUGCCUUUUGGCAAACACCAAACGUGUUUGCUUAUUUUUUUCUUUAAGCAAUGGCUUUUUUCUGGCCACUCUUCCGUAAAGCCCAGCUCUGUGGAGUGUACGGCUUAAAGUGGUCCUAUGGACAGAUACUCCAAUCUCCGCUGUGGAGCUUUGCAGCUCCUUCAGGGUUAUCUUUGGUCUCUUUAAUGCCUCUCUGAUUAAUGCCCUCCUUGCCUGGUCCGUGAGUUUUGGUGGGUGGUCCUCUCUUGGCAGGUUUGUUGUGGUGCCAUAUUCUUUCCAUUUUUUUAUAAUGGAUUUAAUGGUGCUCCGUGGGAUGUUCAAAGUUUGGGAUAUUUUUUUAUAACCCAACCCUGAUCUGUACUUCUCCACAACUUUGUCCCUGACCUGUUUGGAGAGCUCCUUGGUCUUCAUGGUGCCGCUUUCUUGGUGGUGCCCCUUGCUUAGUGGUGUUGCAGACUCUGGGGCCUUUCGGAACAUACACUGAGAUCAUGUGACAGAUCAUGUGACACUUAGAUUGCACACAGGUGGACUUUAUUUAACUAAUUAUGUGACUUCUGUAGGUAAUUGGUUGCACCAGAUCGUAUUUAGGGGCUUCAUAGCAAAGGUGGUGAAUACAUAUGCACGCACCACUUUUCCAUUAUUAUAAUUUUUUGAAGCAAGUUAUUUUUUUAAUUUCACUUCACCAAUGUGGACUAUUUUGUGUAUGUCCAUUACAUGAAAUCCAAAUAAAAAUCCAUUUAAAUUACAGGUUGUAAUGCAACAAAAUAGGAAAAACGCCAAGGGGGAUGAAUACUUUUGCAAGGCACUUUAUGAAUAGAACAUGAAUGAAGAUACAAAUGUAAGAGAGGUUACAUAAUAGUAAGUAUUCUAUCAAGUUAAUCCCCCCCCCCCCCCCCCCCCCCCCCCACCUCUCCCAGGGAUGAGAUGUCAUUGACGAGGAAGAUUGGUUCUCUGCGUUACUUCUACAGUGCCUCCUACUUCUUCUCUGCUAUCCUGGUCAUUGUGUCAGCCAUCGUGCCACACGCCCUCAGCAAGGUACUUUAUCCACUGGCCUCUAUAUAUUUAUAUCAAUUUUAAUUUACUUGUGAUGUCUUUUAUGUGUUGAGUAUUUGUAUUAUUUGUUUUUUACUAUGACAAAGUAUGACCAAUGAAUUUCCCCUUGGGGUUUAAUAAAGGACAUGUUCUCAUCUGUUUUACUUCAAAAUAUAGAAGUGUACCAUUUUCACAUACAGUGCAUUCGGAAAGUAUUCAGACCCCUUGACUUUUCCUACAUUUUGUUACGUUACAGCCUUAUUCUAAAAUGGAUUAAAUUCUUUGUUUUUUACUCAUCAAUCUACACAAUACCCCAUAACGACAGAUCAGAAACAGGUUUAAUUUAUUAAGAAUAAAAAAUGAAAUAUCACAUUUACAUAAGUAUUCAGACCCUUUACUCAGUACUUUGUUGAAGCAAAGCAGCGAUUACAGCCUCGAUUACAGCCUCGAGUCUUCUUGGGUAUGACGCUACAAGGUUGGCACACCUGCAUUUGGGGAGUUUCUCCUAUUCUUCUCUGCAGAUCCUCUCAAGCUCAGUCAGGUUGGAUGGGGAGCUUCACUGCACAGCUAUUUUCAGGUCUCUCCAGAGAUGUUCGAUCGGGUUCAAGUCCAGGCUCUGACAAGGCCAAUCAAGGACAUUCAAAGACUUGUCCCGAAGCCACUCCUGCGUUGUCUUGGCUGUGUGCUUAGGGUCGUUGUCCUGUUGGAAGGUGAACCUUCGCCCCAGUCUGAGAUCCUGAGCGCUCUGGAGCAAGUUUUCAUCAAGGAGCUCUCUGUGCUUUGCUCCGUUCAUCUUUGCCUUUUUCCUGACUAGUCUCCCAGUCCCUGCUGCUCAAAAACAUCCCCACAGCAUGAUGCUGCCACCACCAUGCUUCACCGUAGGGAUGGUGCCAGGUUGCCUCCAGACAUGAUGCUUGGCAUUCAGGCUAAAGAGUUCAAUCUUGGUUUCAUCAGACCAGAGAAUCUUGUUUAGGUGCCUUUUGGCAAACUCCAAGCGGGCUGUCAUGUGCCUUUUACUGAGGAGUGGCUUCCGUCUGGCCACUCUACCACGAAGGCCUGAUUGGUGGAGAGCUGCAGAGAUGGUUGUCAUUCUGGAAGGUUCUCCCAUCUCCACAGAGGAACUCCAGAGCACUGUCAGAGUGACCAUCAGGUUAUUGGUCACCUCCCUAACCAAGGCCCUUCUCCCCUGAUUGCUCAGUUUGGCCGGGCGGCCAGCUCUAGGAAGAGUCUUGGUGGUUCCAAACUUCUUCCAUUUAAGAAUGAUGGAGGCCACUGUGUUCUUGGGGACCUUCAAUGCUGAAGAAUUGUUUUGGUACCCUUCCCAGAUCUGUGCUUCGACACAAUCCUGUCUCAGAGCUCUACGGACAAUUCCUUCGACCUCAUGGCUUGGUUUUUCUCUGACAUGCACUGUCAACUAUGGGAGCUUAUAUAGACAGGUGUGUGCCUUUCCAUAUCAUGUCCAAUCAAUUGAAUUUACCACAGGUGGACUCCAAUCAAGUUGUAGAAACAUCUCAAGGAUGAUCAAUGGAAACAGGAUGCUCCUGAGCUCAAUUUUGAGUCUCAUAGCAAAGGGUCUGAAUACUUAUGUAAAUAAGAUAUUUCUGUUUUAAAUGUUUUAUAAAAAGUUCUAAAAACCUGUUUUUGCUUUGUCAUUAUGGGGUAUUGUGUGUAUAUUGAUGAGAAAAAACUAUUAUUUAAUGAAUUUUAUAAUAAGGCUGUAAUGUAACAAAAUGUGGAAAAAGUCAAGGCCUCUGAAUACUUUCCGAAUGCACUGUAUGUAGACACCGGCAUUGUGCUGGAUAUAAUGAGGUUAGAAAUCUGUGGAAUACUUCCAUUGGGGAUUAAUAAAGUACAAUCUCAAUCUGAUCUCUCCAGGGCAUUAUCCUGAGGCGGAUCUUCACCACUGCCUCCUACUGCAUGGUUCUCCGUAUGACCCUCACCAGACAGCUGCCCGGCUCCAUACAGAUGUGGUACGACACGCUGGCACUGGUCACAAAGAUAGAGGUGAGGCGGUUUUGUGUACUUGGGCAUGGGAGUAAAUGAGGGAGGGGGAAUGGGGGAAGGACAGGGGGAGGGGAGAAGGAUGGAUGGGUUCAUCUAGAUGUGGUACAGUAUGCUGGAACUUUGAGUCAUCGUCGAAGUGGGCAUUUUACUUGGGUAAAGUCUGGUAGAGGGCUGUAAUGGUUGAGAUUGGGGGAAAACAAAAUGAAGAUGUUGGAUGGAGUUGGGUUGGAGGAGCACCUGUUGUAGUCAUUGAUACUGUAUGUAAUGUACAUUUGCAUGUGGAAUGUACAGACUUGAGGAGAGGAAGUGGAGGGGAGAGAAGGUUGAUGAUAACUCUGGUUUUGUCAAUGAGCUAUGUUAGUGUCCCAGAUGGUUAUGUAAGUUCUGGUGGGUUUUUGUCCUCAUGUCUAAAGAAGACACAGGAAUUGGCUUACACAAACACACCCACUUACCCACACCAGACCUGGGUUCACAUGCAUGAGUAUUUGAGUACAUGAUUAUUUGGACUCAUCUUCUCAGUCCAACAUCUGGAAUCCAAAACACGCGCAGCCCCCCUCCCCACCCCAACUGCACCCCAAGACACACACAUGCCCUUCAUACCACCUUGCCAUAAGGCCCAUCAAGAAAUAGACAGAGACAGACAUACAUGCCAUCCUCAGCCAAAAAGGCUAUAUUAGGGUCACAGUAUAGUUGUUGUAUCAAUCUUAUCAGUAAUUCCUCUCUGUCUCCUGAACAUACUGUCUAUUCUGUCUUUAAACUGAACAGGACACUACAGUAGGACAACACAAGCUUUGCAUUCUUCUUACACUACUGUUUAUAUUCAUACCCAGAGGAAGAGUGUGUGUGUGUGUGUGUGUGUGUGUCUGUGUCUGUGUCUGUGUCUGUGUCUGUUUCUGUGUGUGUCUGUGUCUGUGUGUGUGUCUGUGUCUGUGUCUGUGUCUGUUUCUGUGUGUGUCUGUGUCUGUGUCUGUGUGUGUGCUUGCAUGAGCGUGUGUGUAUUGACCUAACUUGUUGUUGCCAAGAUAAUGUUCUUCUUUUGUUGUCUAUCCUGUAGGAGUACCUCUGCAAAGAGGAGUACAAAGUAUUGGAGUACAACCUGACCACCACUGAGAUAGAGUUGGUGAACGUGACCGCCUCCUGGGAUGAAGUAUGUAUGUUUGUGUGUGUGUGUGUGUGUGUGUGUGUGUGUGUGUGUGAGCGUGUGCGUGUGCGUGCGUGUGUAUGUAUUCUAUUCUUCCUGAGAAUGAUCCUACAACUGUGUAGGAAAAAGGCAAUUCAUUACCACAUAAUAACAUUAUCAGUUUGAAAUGUCACAGGCAGUAUUUUUCAUUUUAUUUAUGCAUUUUAUGACCAUCCCAAGUAGGCAGAAAAUAAUUUGUGUUCAGACACUUUGUGCACUAAUUUAGAUAAGCAACAGCAAUGCUAUGCUAGAUUGUCACACCCUGGUUCUGGGACUCAUUAUGUUGAGCCAGGGUGUGUGCAUUCUAUGUGUUCAUGUUCUAUGUUGGGUGUCUAGGUUGUCGAUGUCUAUGUUUGUAUUGAGUGACUCCCAAUCGGAGGUAACGAGUGUCAGCUGUCGGCUCGUUAUCUCUGAUUGGGAGCCAUAUUUAAACUGUGUGUCUUCACCUUGUGUUUGUGGGUUUUUGUUCCGUGUUGGUUUGUUUUUGUAACCAAGGACGUCACGUUUCGUUGUUUUGAUCGUGUGAUCUUGAUAAAAUAAAUAUGUUUGCUUUCAACGCUGCGCCUUGGUCCUCUCCCUCCUUAGACGAUCGUGACAGAAGAAACCACCAUAACAGGACCAAGCAGCGUGAAGAAGAGAGAGGAUGGACUUGGGAGCAGUUGAGUAGGAGUCUCGACUGGGCCAAGCCAAGAGAAGAGGAGAGAGGUUGGACUUUGGAGCAGUGGGGUGAGAGUCUGGCGAGAACGAUGGAGGCCUGGUCCACGAAGAGGAGAGAACCCCAGAACAUUUUUAGGGGGGGGCUCACGACGUCGGACCAGCAGGAGGCCGCGAUAGAGCGGUCCAGUGGGUUGCCGGAGGAGGCCGCCGGGUUACGGGGGCCACUGGUUGAAGAGGGGAUGGAGGAAGUAGAGGCACGGCGAGAGGUACUGGCGUGUGUUGCCAGUCCGGUCCGGCCCGUUCCAGAUCCCGGUGUAGGGCCAGUGGUGUGUGUCCCCAGUACAGUCCGGCCCAUCCAAGCUCCCCGCACCAAGCCAGUGGUGUGCGUCGUCAGCCCUGUCCGGCCCGUUCCUGCUCUCCGCGCCAAGUCUGUGGUGCGCGUCGCCAGCCCUGUCAGGCCCGUGCCUGCUCUCCGCACCAAGUCUAUGGUGCGUUUCGUCAGCCCUGUCCGGCCCGUUCCUGCUCUCCGCACCAGGUCUGUGGUGCGCGUCGCCAGCCCAGUCCGGCCCAUCCAAGCUCCCCGCACCAGGUCAGUGGUGCGCGUCGCCAGCCCUGUCCGGCCCGUGCCUGCUCUCCGCACCAAGUCUAUGGUGCGUUUCGUCAGCCCUGUCCGGCCCGUUCCUGCUCUCCGCACCAAGUCUGUGGUGCGCGUCGCCAGCCCAGUCCGGCCCAUCCAAGCUCCCCGCACCAGGUCAGUGGUGCGCGUCGUCAGCCCGGUCCGGCUCAGUCCUGCUCCCCGCACCAAGUCAGGGGUGCGCUUCGUCAGCCCGGUCCGGCCCGUUCCUCCUCCACGCAUCAAGCCAGGGGUGUGCGUCGCCAGCCCAGCCCGGCCUGUUCCUGCUUCUCGCAUCAAGCCCACGGUGUGCGUCGCCAGUCCAGCCCGGCCGGUUCCUGCUCCACGUACUAAGCCUACGGUGUACGUCGCCAGCCCAGCCCGGCCUGUUCCUGCUUCUCGCAUCAAGCCUACGGUGUGCGUCGCCAGCCCAGCCCGGCCUGUUCCUGCUCCACGCACAGAACCUACGGUGUGCGUCGCCAGCCCAGCCCGGCCUGUUCCUGCUCCACGCACUAAACCUACGGUGCGCGUCGCCAGCCCGGUCCAGCCUGUUCCUGCCACCCGCACCAAGUCUACGGUGCGCGUCGCCAGCCCGACCCGGCCUGUUCCUGCCACUCGCACCAAACCUACGGUGCGCGUCGCCAGCCCGGUCCGGCCUGUUCCUGCCACCCGCACCAAGUCUACGGUGCGCGUCGCCAGCCCGACCCGGCCUGUUCCUGCCACUCGCACCAAACCUACGGUGCGCGUCGCCAGCCCGGUCCGGCCUGUUCCUGCCACCCGCACCAAGUCUACGGUGUGCGUCGCCAGCCCGACCCGGCCUGUUCCUGCCACUCGCACCAAACCUACGGUGCGCGUCGCCAGCCCGACCCGGCCUGUUCCUGCCACUCGCACCAAACCUACGGUGCGCGUCGCCAGCCCGGUCCGGCCUGUUCCUGCCACUCGCACUAAGCCAGGGGUGCGAGAAGUCAGCCUGGUAAGGCCCGUUCCUCCUCCACGCACCAAGCCUACGGGGUGCGUCGUCAGCCCUGUCCGGCUCGUUCCUGCUCUCCGCACCAGGUCUGUGGUGCGCGUCGCCAGCCCAUUCCGGUCCAUUCCUGUUCCACGCACCAAGCCAGGGGCGCGUGUCGUCAGCCUGGUAAGGCCCGUUCCUCCUCCACGCACCAGGCCAGGGGUGCGAGUCGACAGACUGGACCAGGGGCGCAUUGGGGGGUGUAUUGUAGGGUGGUGGUCAAGGCCGGAGCCAGAACCGCCACCGAGGAGGUAUGCCCGCCCAGCCCUCCCCUGUUUGGGGUUUUUGAGGCGCGGUCGCAGUCCGCGCCUUUAGGGGGGGGGUACUGUCACACCCUGGUUCUGGGACUCAUUAUGUUGAGCCAGGGUGUGUGCAUUCUAUGUGUUCAUGUUCUAUGUUGGGUGUCUAGGUUGUCGAUGUCUAUGUUUGUAUUGAGUGACUCCCAAUCGGAGGUAACGAGUGUCAGCUGUCGGCUCGUUAUCUCUGAUUGGGAGCCAUAUUUAAACUGUGUGUCUUCACCUUGUGUUUGUGGGUUUUUGUUCCGUGUUGGUUUGUUUUUGUAACCAAGGACGUCACGUUUCGUUGUUUUGAUCGUGUGAUCUUGAUAAAAUAAAUAUGUUUGCUUUCAACGCUGCGCCUUGGUCCUCUCCCUCCUUAGACGAUCGUGACAUAGAUGGUGUUAAACUAUACCAAACCCAACACAUCUCUAUGCUGGGAAAAGCACUACCCCAUAAAACGUCACCCAGGUGAAUGAUUAAACAAACCAACCAGUGACUCAACAGAGGUUACCCUUUUCUCUCCUACAGCAGGGGUUCCCAAACUUUUUCACUCAAGCUUCUCCUAUUUCUCAGUGAUUCCCAGAAACUUCAAAGAAUUUCUCGGCCGGAUAGCUGACGCAUUUCAGCAUAAAGCCUUCAUCAUAGCAUUUUCUCACCAAUCUGUUUUCCCCUUUAUGCCCAAUUAGUAUUCCUAAUACAACCAGAGCUGUGCGCACGUGAGCUCACUCUUUCAGACAAGCUGGUCUAGUCAUAUUGUAUGAGAGAAAAUUCAAUGUAAUAUAAAGCUCUUUCUCACCCUCUCUCUCACUCCCCCUUCUCUCUUUCGCACCCUACUCUCUUCCCCCUCUCCAGGGUAUCGGGGAGCUCUUUGAGAAGAUCAAGAAGGAGAACAAGGCUAACGGCCACCCUAACGGUGACGCAGGGCUGUUCUUCACUAACCUGUAUGUCACACCCGUCCUCAAGAACAUCAGCCUGUACCUAGAGAAGGGCAAGAUGCUGGCCGUGGCUGGAUCCACCGGCUCUGGAAAGGUACCGCUACCACUCACUGUCUGGGAACACUGGGGUGGACGGACGAGGUCUGGGCCUUUGUUUAUUUGAUUAGACAGGAACAAUGUACAUGAAUCAACAUUUCUGUAAAUGUGCCAACUGUAGUCCCUGUAACGGCCCUGCUACACUACAGCCACCGGGCGUCCGGCUUUGCCAUUGAGGGAAUGCUUCCUUUUAAAUUGAUGAAAGGUGCUAUACUGCUUGAGUUGCGUCGCGUCUAAUGGCAGUGUCCAAGCUCAAGAAUCGCAGAGGUUCAAUGAUAAAAUGAUAAAAAAGUUGAUUUGGGUUGGUUUCUGUGUAGCAGGUAGAACGUCACAACAGAGUGUGCACUUUGAUGUAAUGUAGCUGAAGUGUGAUUCUCAUAUCUCGCAAUGUCAUAAUGUUUUUCAAUAUGUCUCACUUUACUAAGGAUCCACAGGCUCAGGAAAGGUAUUGGACCACUCACUGUCUGGGAACAAUCACUGGGGUGGACGGAGUGUGGGGUGUGGGCUCCUCAUGUCUCAAUGGGUCAUAUUGUGUCUUAAUAAUAUUAUUGAGACACAGGAGGUUGGUGGCACCAGUUUUGACUGGGCUGAGCGGGGACUGUGCUUCCGCAGAGGUAGGGGGGCCAGCAGGCCAGAGGUGGAUGAACGCAAUGCCCUCGUUUGGGUGUAGGGACUGAUCAGAGCCUGAAGGUACGGAGGUGCCGUUCCUCUCACAGCUCUGUAGGCAAGCACCAUGGUCUUGUAGCAGAUGCAGGCUUCAACUGGAAGCCAGUGGAGUGUGCGGAGGAGCGGGGUGAAUUGAGAGAACUUGGGAAGGUUGAACACCAGACGGUCUGCAGCGUUCUGGAUGAGUUGUAGGGGUUUAAUGGCACAGGCAGGGAGCCCAGCCAACAGUGAGUUGCAGUAGUCCAGACGGGAGAUGACAAGUGCCUGGAUUAGGACCUGUGCCGCUUCCUGUGUAAGGUAGGGUCAUACUCUGUGAAUGUUGUAGAGCAUGAACCUACAGGAUCGGGUCACCGCUUUGAUGUUAGCGGAGAACGACAGGGUGUUGUCCAGGGUCACACCAAGGUUCUUUGCACUCUGGGGGGAGGACACAACGGAGUUGUCAACCGUGAUGGCGAGAUCAUGGAGCGGGCAGUCCUUCCCCGGGAGGAAGAGCAGCUCCGUCUUGCCGAGGUUCAGCUUGAGGUGGUGAUCCGUCAUCCACACUGAUAUGUCUGCCAGACAUGCAGAGAUGCGAUUCGCCACCUGGUUAUCAGAAGGGGGAAAGGAGAAGAUUAAUUGUGUGUCGUCUGCGUAGCAAUGAUAGGAGAGACCAUGUGAGGAUAUGACAGAGCCAAAUGACUUGGUGUAUAGAGAGAAUAGGAGAGGGCCUAGAACUGAGCCCUGGGGGACACCAGUAGUGAGAGCACGUGGUGCGGUUACAGAUUCUCGCCACCCCACCUGUUAGGAGCGACCUGUGAGGUAGGACGCAAUCCAAGAGUGAGUCGCGCCGGAGAUGCCCAACUCGGAGAGGGUGGAGAGGAGGAUCUGAUGGUUCACAGUAUCAAAGGCAGCAGAUAGGUCUAGAAGGAUGAGAGCAGAGUACUUCCAUUCAGCCACAAGAGCAUUAGUGAGGUCAGGCACUGACGUUGGGCGAUUAGGCCUGGCUCGCAGUCGGCGUUCCAAUUCAUCCCAAAAGUGUUAGAUGGGGUUGAGGUCAGGGCUCUGUGCAUUCAAGUUCAUCCACACCAAUCUCGACAAACCAUUUCUGUAUGGACCUCGCUUUGUGCAUGGGGACAUUGUCAUGCUGAAACAUGAAAGGGCCUUCCCCAAACUGUUGCACAUAUAUGGAAGCACUGUUGCCACAAAGUUGGAAGCACACUGUAGCGUUAAGAUUUCCCUUCACUUGAACUAUGGGGCCUACUCCGAACCAUAAAAAACAGCCACAGACUAUUAUUCCUCCUCCACCAAACUUUACAGUUGGCACUAUGCAUUCGGGCAGGUAGCGUUCUCCUGGCAUCCACCAAACCCAGGUUUGUCCGUUGGACUGCCAGAUGGUGAAGCGGGAUUCAUCACUACAGAGAAUGCGUUUCCACUGCUCCAGAGUCCAAUGGAGGCGAGCUUAGCAGACGCUUGGCAUUGCGCAUGGUGAUCUUAGGCUUGUGUGUGGCUGCUCGACCAUGGAAACCUAUUUCAUGACGCUCCCGACGAACAGUUCUUGUGCUUCCAGAGGCAGGUUUGGACUCGGUAGUGGGUGUUGCAACCGAGGACAGACGAUUUUUACUCGCUAUGCGCUUCAGCACACAGCGGUCCCAUUCUGUGAGCUUGUGUGGCCUACCACUUCGUGAUUGAGCCGUUGUUGCUCCUAGACGUUUCCACUUCACAAUAACAGCCCUUUUAUUUGACCGGGGCAGCUCUAGCAGGGCAGAAAUUUUAUGAACUGAGUUGUUGGAAAGGUGGCAUCCUAUGACGGUGCCACGUUGAAAGUCACUGAGCUCUUCAGUAAGGCCAUUCUACUGCCAAUGUUUGUCUAUGGAGAUUGCAUGGCUGUGUGCUCGAUUUUAUACACCUGUCAGCAACAGGUGUGGCUGGAAUAGCUGAAUCCACUAAUUUGAAGGGGUGUCCACAUACUUCUGUAUAUAUAGUGUACAUCAAACACAUGAUUCUCCUUUCCGGGCAUUAUUAUGAGCCGUCCUCCCCUCAGCAGCCUCCUGUAUAUUGAGAUCAGUGGAGGCUGCUGAGGGGAGGACGGCUCAUAAUAAUGGCUGGAACGGAGCAAAUGGAAAGGCAUCAAACGGAAAGGCAUCAAACACAUGGAAACCAUUUUUUUGAUGUAUUGGAUACCAUUCCACUGAUUCCGCUCCAGCCUCCCCAAUUAAGGUGCCACUAACCUCCUGUGAUUGAGAUAUAUUACAUAUUGAGACAAAGUGAGGGACUUAAUAUUAUCAAUAUCUCACUUUGUGUCAAUGCCUCAAUUUCACCUCUACUGGUGGUAUAAAGUGCAGUCAGUCCGAGGUUUGGAGAUGAGUGUCUGCCUCUCUACAUUCAAACAGUUACACGCCACCCCUUCCCUGGUGAGCUGAAGGGAAUAGCAUAUAAUAGAAUACAUUAUUAUUCCUCUCUCUCCAGGGCAUAAUUUUGUACAUACACUACCAGUCAAAAGUUUGGACACACCUACUCAUUCCAGGGUUUUUCUUUAUUUUUACUAUUUUCUACAUUGUAGAACAAUAGUGAAGACAUCAGAACUAUGAAAUAACACAUAUGGAAUCAUGUAGUAACCAAAAAAGUGUUAAACAAAUCAAAAUACAUUUUAUAUUUGAGAUCCUUCAAAUAGCCACCAUUUGCCUUGAUGGCAGCUUUGCACACUCUUACUGUAGAUUAAGGAUGCACAUAUACUGUAUCUCUCCCCUCUCUGCAUAUUUGUACUCCAUAGUGUUCAGAGGUGUUCUGACAUUUCUUCCCUUUAUAACAGGAUUAACACACACUACCAAGCUUAUCUCCUUUGUGGUGCUGGGAAUUACUCCCCCAAAAAUCAACAUUGUAGAUGAAAAAAAAAGAACUCCUGCACACACGAUUUUACCCCCUCACAUUUAUUGUGCUCAACGCCCCCCCAGAGUUCCCUGCUGAUGAUGAUCCUGGGGGAGCUGGUCCCAUCGGAGGGGAAGAUCAGACACAGUGGGCGGAUCUCCUUCUCCCCCCAGACUGCCUGGAUCAUGCCUGGAACCAUUCGUGACAACAUCCUGUUUGGCCUGACCUACGACAAAUUCCGCUACACCUCUGUCAUUAAGGCCUGUCAGCUGGAGGAGGUACGGUGGAGUGAAAUAUGUUGUCGCUCUUUUAUAUUGUGUGUUGUCUGUUAGCUUGGUUAGAAUUAUUUUGGUCUCAGGUAUGGUAUUUGAUGUAGUUGUGUCGGAUGUUUCUUUACUUAUUUUGCAUUCCUUUGUCUUUGCUUUAUUUCCGACCGUCCAUGUGAAUUUUUUCAAAUUUUCUCCCCUCUUUUUACCUGAUGUUUUUUCUUCUACUCUCUCUAUCUCCCCCUGUUCUCUUGCUAAUCUCUCAUUCCUAACCCCAUUCUCUUCUCCUCCCUUGACUCAUAUGUUCUACCUGGCUGUCUACCCAGUAGCCUUUGUGAGGAGUUGAGAUGUUAUAUUUUACCAGUUUACACAUACACACACCCUUCCGUCCCUGUGUGGAGCCCCGCUGCCUCAGCAGGGGGGCCGUGUCACUGGAUUACUGUCCCUGACACUCCCGUUGCCAUGGACACCCCACAUUAUAUCAUUGGGACGGAAUAUCAGCUUGCUCAGUCACAAGCAUUGAUGUAGACUAGACAAGACUAGAGCAUUCAUUGUCAAUCUGUGUUUCUGUGUAUCUCUAUAUACUUAGGGUCAGUUUUUCCUGACUACGUGACCUGACCAGAAAACUCUAUACAGUAGCAUUUAUUGGUUUUACAUUUAGACCACUGAGAAGGCGUGAAAAUGAUUAGUGGCACACUGGCACCGCUCAUGCCCUGUGGUAUUGAUUAUUUGGCACAGAUCAUUUGGAUGGUGUGUUACCUGAGGCCUCUUGAGGCACUGUUUGAAAUCUGUGCCAGCCCACCCCCCAAUAAGUGCUAACUAAACAGCUACAUUGAAAAAGACUGUUACAAAAGGCAUUAUGGAACAGCUCCUUUGAUAUGCCAUUGCAACUAUAGGUGAUAGGCCUACGUGUGUUAUUGCUUGUUUUGAAGCAAACACUACUGUAUGCACCUAUUUUAACCCUUUGACACCUCACAAUGAGCACCUUUUGACCUGACCUUUCACUCUUAUGUAACUGUGUAAUGUUUACCUUUUUCCAAACUCUCAACAACUGAGUGACUUCAGAGGAGUCAUGAAUAUUCCACCUCUCAAAGAGAAUAUGACAAAAGCAAUCUGGAAUACGUGGUCUGAGACGGAGAGAAAAAAGAGACACCUGUGAGAGACAUCUGACGAAUCAGACUGUGUUUAGUGGGCUUGUGAUCAUGCUCCAGUCCCUUUUUGCCUCUCCUAGGACCAGAUAAUUAUCAUGGGUGGGCUGUUUCUUGUAAACCCCAAUCAUUUUACAUGUUAACAGUUCGUUAGCUUGUAAUCUCGGCACCCAAAACCAAGUCUUACGGUGAGAGAAUAGUUAGCUUGUAGCGCUAGCCACACAGUGACUUUUUUCAGUGUGAGACACACAAUGUGCCUUUUCUCCACUUGCUGUGUUUUACGACCUGUUAAACAACCUCUUAACUUAAUUCCCAAUGCCUUCCUUUUGGAUAGCGGAAGGUAGGAGGAUUUAUGUAUGACUAAAUUCAUUCUUUCACAUGUUGGUUUACGUGUUUCAGACGUUUGUGUUUGAGUUAGCCAAAUUAUUUAGCCAAUUAGCUUCAGCCGGCUGGUGUGCGACCGUGGUUUGACUUUGGAUAGCCUAUCUCCGUGGCUAGUUAGGGGCCAUGAAUAAUUUAUUACACAAUGUAAAUUAGACAAUAUUUUCAUGUUCACAACUUUUGGUUUUCUCCUUAAAUGUUUUCAAUAUUUGUAUAUGAAUUUCUACAAUUUAUAGUUUGUUUGAGGUUUUUAAGUCAUUGAAAUUUGGAGUUAUUGAAAUUUUAACAUUGUGUCCCAUGUACAUUGUGUUAUUUACCGAUGGUCCCUAACUAGCCCCAUAGACAAUCCAAAUUUACCACAGGCAUUAUGAUCGGGUCGCGUGCAGCUGCACUCCAAAUUGUUGAUUACUUGUGUGCUGACGGCAUGUGGGCAGGAUUGAAACAAACCCAACCUUUUACGUUGUGACUCAGUCACGACCACAAGUCUCAAAAACUAUGUUUUAUCAAAAAAACUUUGCAGUACAUUUUGACAGUAGAGUGCAUGUUUCUGACCACAUAGGCUAUUUUCUAAAUGAUAAGUAGUUUUUUAGUGGGCAUUUGUGAUGUUUUUCAUACUCCUUUCAUGUUUCAGUGUGUCUUUUUAGGUAUGUUUGAUGUGGUGGAAUUAGACUUUUGAAAUCCAACCUUUCUGCCGUAAAUACAUUUAAAAAAAAUUGUUUUAAGUAUAUAGUCCCGUGUAGCUCAGUUGGUAGAGCAUGGCGUUUGCAACGCCAGGGUUUUGGGUUCGUUUCCCACGGGGGACCAAUAUGAAAAAAAUUAAAAUAAUGUAUGCACUCACUAACUGUAAGUCGCUCUGGAUAAGAGCGUCUGCUAAAAAAAUAAGAAUAUAUAUAUGUGAUUUGAUUGCUUUGUAGCUGUAUACCAAUAUGAAAAAGGAAUUGGAUUUGCAAAACUCAGUUGUGUUACUGUCACCUACAGUACUUUAGACCAUUUUUUUACCAGGCCUCAGAUUAUUUUAUUUCACAUUUAAAUACUUGACAGAAAAACUAGGGGACGUUGAACUGAGUCUGUGCCCAGUUUCUUAUCAACCUUCUUUCAGGAGUAAUAGAUGUAAACAAACCAUUUGUUUUUAUUUUUGCAGUUGCCAUUUCAGUCUGUUAUGUCUACUAACACUGAACUUUUAUCUUUGUUUUCCCUGACACAUUUAGUUGUGCUGCUCCCCUACCUUUCAUGUAUUUGUGUGUGGGUGUGUGUCUAUGUUUCAAACAUGAAUCAAAACCUCCCCUGCUCUCCCCUCAGGAUCUGGCCCUGCUGCCGGAGAAAGACAUGACGCCCCUUAUGGAGGGAGGGGUGACCCUUAGUGGAGGUCAGAGGGCGAGGAUAGGCCUGGCCAGGUACGUACCUGUACACACACACACAAACACACCUGUCUCUCCGUUAGCGCCGGCCCGUAUGACCUGUGGCAACACUCAUUCAACACCGAAGAUAUGUGACCUACUUGCCAGAGCACUGUGGUUUAUUUUUUUGAAGUCAUUACUCGUGUUAUGGCUUGUUAAAUGUGUUCCUAUACUUACCUUCUAAAAUGUCAAUGUCAAUGGAAUGUGACAUGAUACUCUUGAAGGAAGAAUGCAUCUUGUGUUGUUUUGCCCACGAGACUGCUGUUAUGGGACAGUGUAUGCAUGAAUUGUGCAUCCUGAUUGGUCAUAAUGCCCUAUGAAAAAGAUGAUUACUACAGAAUCAAUAUAUUUGAGUUAGUUCAGCUCUUGCAACUGUAGUGUUCUAUGAUUUAAUGUGUUUUAUUUCUGGUACUUCUGCAGACUCAAACUAACUUUAUUAGGACACAUUAAAUCUUGAUGUAUAUUCCAACAUUCCGACAUAUUCAUAAUUUAUUGGUUUUAUUGUACUGGGUGUCCAUUUGCUCCCACUUAACAAAGGGCAUCAUUGUCGGUUUCGCUAUAUUGUCAUAGUAAAUGUAUCUCUUAAACUGAAUUGAAUCCCACAGGGACUUAACUUCCUCAUUUAAAAGCCUAUUUGAUUUAUUACUUACUUCCAUUUAUCCGUUUGUGUGUGUGCGUGCAUGUGUGUGUUUCUCUGUGUAUUUGUGUGUGCUAUUACAGAGCUGUGUAUAAAGACGCCGACCUCUACCUAUUGGAUUCACCUUUUACCCACCUGGACAUUGUGACUGAGAAAGAGAUCUUUGAGAGGUCUGUCUGUGGCUCAACACUGAAGCUUUCAUAUUGGCCGGGCCUGGCGGAUGGGGGAGGGUUGGGCUGGGUGGAAUGGGCUGGGUGAAUGGUUAAGGAGAGGAGAGAAGGUUAAGGUCAAGGUUGCAUCUUUCUUGUUGUCUUUGACCUAUUGAGAAAUUGGGUUAGGUGGUGAAGUGUUCCCAGGGUCGAUCAAAGGGCUUUUUGUGGAAAUGUCACUUUCUGUCUGACAUGAAUGAUCUUUGAUCUAAUUUCGGACAUUUGUGUUAUCAGCAUCUUCCCUCCCAGAAAUGAGGGCAAGCACAGGAUUGAACAGCAAUGUGAAACUUAUAAUCUCUUUCUAUUUAUUUUUCAAAGGCCUAAAGUAAAGUUUGAUCAAACUAAACAAAGGAUACAUGUGUUUUCUCUUGCCAGGUGUCUGUGUAAACUGAUGUCCUCCAAGACUCGUAUUGUGGUCACCAGUAAGCUGGACCACCUUAAGAGAGCGGACAAGAUCCUUCUGCUUCACAACGGAGUGUGUUAUUUCUACGGCUCCUUCUCCCAGCUGCAGGCCCAGAGACCAGACUUCAGCUCCCUGCUCCUGGGCCUGGAGGCCUACGAUAACAUCAACGCCGAACGCCGCAGCUCCAUCCUCACCGAGACCCUCCGACGCGUCUCCAUCGAUGAAUCUGCCAUCUUCCGUGGCCCCGAACCCAUCCACCAGUCCUUCCGCCAGCCCCCGCCACCGAUCACCUGUACCAACAAUGGCCCUCAAGCCAUCACCAUCGCCGGGGGUGACGGUCUCACAGCAGCAGAAAAACGUAAACAGUCAAUUAUCCUGAAUCCGUUAGCGCCGGCCCGUAAAUUCUCCUUCAUCGGUACGGGGCCCCAGAAAGUCCAGGCUCCUCCACCCGGGUCCACCACUAUCGAGGAUGCCGUGCGGGAGCUGUCAGAGAGGAAGUUCUCAGUGGUGCCCGAGGACGAUCAGGUGAGGCUGCUUCUCUACUUAUUUUCAUUGACUGAGGGGAGGCUUCCCGCACACAGAUUAAGCCUAGUCCUGGACAAACAAAUGCUUUCAAUGGAGAAUCUCCAUUGGGAAUACUUUUUAGUCCGGGACUAGGCUUGAUCUGUGUCUGGGAAACUGGCUCAAAGUAUUCUUAUUGUGCUGUUUUUCUACUUAUUGUUCAUUGGAUAUUUUUAUAGCUGUUUGAGAGGAGAGCUUGUAUUUUAGUAAGCAUUUCAUUGCACUGUGCACAGUACUAUGCUGUAUCCUGUGCAUAUGACAAAUCCAUUGAUUUGAUUGCAGGUGCAUCUGCUAAAUGAGGUGCGUCUGCUAAUAAGCAUCUGCUAAAUGGCAUAUAUUAUAUUAUUAUAUAUUAUAGGUUGAAGAGUCGCUGCCGCGGGGGAACCUGUACCACCACGGCCUGCAGCACCUGAGCGGGCAGCGCCGCCAGUCUGUGCUGCAGUUCAUCACCAACGCCCAGGGGCAGGGCAGGAGGGUGCAGCUUCAGACGUCCUUCAGGAAGAAGCUGUCCAUCACGCCACAGUGCGAGCUGGCCUCUGAGCUGGACAUCUACGCACGACGCCUGUCCAAAGAUAUUAUCUAUGACAUCAGCGAGGAUGUGGACGAGCAGGACAUGGAGGUAGGUUCAGUGAAGGGAGCUGGUUGGGUUCAAGGCAGGUUGGAUGUUUUCCUCUGUAACUGCUGGUCUUUAUGAGCACAUGGAGGUUAGGGUAAGGGUUAGGGUCAAGGAAUAGCCCAGGGGACAUCAUAGAAAGUGCACCAAUGUUUGAACCACCUUUUCCAAAACAACGUUUGAAUAGAAACAUUUGAAGACAAAACACAAAGAACAGCUAGGUUUGAGUAUUUCAUUUGACAUAUAUCCUUUGUCUGUUUGCAGCAAUGCUUUGCAGACGAGCGUGAGAACGUGUUUGAGACGACGUCGUGGAAUACCUACCUGCGUUACAUCUUCACCAACCGGAACCUCGUCUACGUCCUCAUCUUCAUCUUCCUCGUCUUCGCUGUAGAGGUAAAGAAACUGUAUUAAAUGAUAACAUUAGAUAAUCCCUGUCUUGGAGAUACUGUAGUGAUACUAUAUUAAACAAUAACAAUACUGUAUUAGAGGAAAUCAGAAUCACCUUUUAUGCAUGGUAUGGAUGAAUAAACAAUUUACAAUGGAUAAUGUGCAAUGGAGCGGAACUAUAUACUGUAUAUACUGUAUAUAUAUAUAUAUAUAUAUAUAUAUAUAUAUAUAUAUAUAUAUAUAUAUAUAUAUUAUAUUAUACCACACAAUUGUUGAAUACUCGUUUCUGAUUAGCUUGAAGGGCAUUCUAGAGUGUGCAUUAUUUCACUAUAAUGCACAGCAAUAUUCAAUGGCUAUGAAGUUCGUUCUUACAUGUUCUACAACAAAAAUGCAUUUUACGUACCUUUUUUUUGUAUUUUACAGAUAGAAAGAUGAAAAAAGUAUUUAUCCACAAUCUGCUAUAUCCUGGAAUGUUUUAACAAAAUGAAACCAAAAUAUUUAGACUGACUUGAUCCAGUGUACCGAAAAAUGGAUUUGCGUGAUAUGCAGAUAGGCGCAUAUUUAAUGAGAUAUCACACAAUUUGCUUAUUUUAAUAAAACAUUUCUGAAAAAUUGUAAUACUAAAAAGUAUUAUAUUUGUGUCCACAUUCAACUGGUAAAAUUUGUAAUAUGAUUAAGGGGAAGAAAAGUACCCUAUUAGAGUGUUGUGCCUGGCCUUAAAUGAUAACAAUACUGUAAUACAGGAUAUAUUCUAUAUUAACCCAUAACAACACUGUAUUAAAGAAUCCUAACCUCAACUCUAGCCUUUCUGGAAUUCUUGAGCGAGAAUACAGAGUGACGUCUGGUAGCGCGAGACUACAGCGUCCCUGUUGGAUCAUAAUUGCAUAAUUAUAUUGCCUAUUGACAAUAUAAUUACAAUGCAUGGUGCCACCCUCAGUCUAACUGUGUUUAUUGUGUGUUGUAGGUUGCUGGCUCUGUCCUGGGGAUAUUUCUUAUCACAGAGUAAGUUGUUGUUUGUUUUUUACGUGUACUGUAAUAUUCAUCACAAGGCACUAGGAUGAUCAGCCUACAAUCAAUGGUGAACAAGUAGUAUCCACCACAAGACACCAAGAUCAGCCAGAUAACAUAUAAACAGCCCAAUACAAAGUACAGUACUCAAACAAAAGACCAGUAAAAAAAAAACAUCCACUGUGGUCUCUCAGGACCUGGCCUAGAGUAGGAAAAACCAUCAUUCAGAUACGAAUGUUUGUUGUGCUUUCUUCUCUCCCUCUCAGUAAGAUCUGGACAGAGGAGGCCAACCCGUUGGCGCCUAACUACGUAGACCAACAACACUCCAACGCCUCGUCACCCGCCGUCCAACAGUCAGUCAUCGUCACGCCAACCAGCGCCUAUUACAUCAUCUACAUCUACGUGGCGACGUCGGAGAGCGUUCUGGCACUGGGGUUCUUCAGAGGCCUGCCACUGGUCCACACCUUACUGACCGUGUCCAAGAGGCUGCAUGAACAGAUGCUCACUGCUGUGCUGAGGGCCCCCAUGGCCGUACUCAACACUAUGAAGACAGGUGAGGCCCACUGCUGAAACCCCUGGCUUAACCAAUCUGCUAGAGAUACAUACGUACAUGCAUCUACCGGUAUCUGAACACAGGCUUUGAUGGCUAACUUAUCAGUCAGUUGUCUAUGUAAUCUCACAGCAUAUACAUCAGUCAGUUAGUCAGUACGACCACCACCAGUCAAUUCCUCCAUCGUUCAGCAGCAGUCAAUUCCAUGUGUGUGUUUUUCUGCCCUGUAGGUCGGAUCAUGAACAGGUUCACUAAAGACAUGGCCACCAUUGACGACAUGCUUCCUCUUGCACUGUUUGACCUCAUCCAGGUAGGUGACUGGCUGCUCUGCCAGUCUCAGUCUUUCUGAAAGAGAGUCUCUCCCAGUCUCAAUCUCUAUCUAUCUCUGUCUUUUUCAUAUUCUCUCCCUCUAGUUAAGUCUGAUCGUGCUGGGUGCCAUAUUUACUGUGUCCAUCAUGCGGCCAUACAUCUUCAUCGCCGCGAUCCCAUUGGCCGUCAUAUUCAUGGUCCUGAGGAAGUACUUCCUGCGUACAGGACAGCAGCUCAAACAACUGGAGGCUGAGGGUGAGACUGGGAGGGGGAUUGAAUGGGGCUGGGGAUGGGGCACUUUCAAAUACUGGAGGUGUGCUUGAUUUAUCUUGACUGGCAAGAAAGAUGGGCAGAGUUGAUACUUUUGGAACUAUUCCAGAAGUUACAUUGUACUGUGCAAGGAGGCGAACAAAGUAAGGGAUAUAAAAGAAAGGAGAGUGAAAACAGGAGCGGAGGAUUAGAAAGAGCGAAUGGAGAGAAGAGAUAUCACCUUUUGGAGAGAAAAGCGACUGUAGGAAGUUAUAGCAGCGGACAGCAGACUAUGAGACUACCACUGGUCUAUCGUGUCUGUCAGUGGGAAGGCAGUGCUGCCAGCAGACCAGGGGUGGCAAGUGGCACAGCACCAAGGGUAAAACAUUUACCUGAUGGACAACAACAGGGUGAAGGGAGAAGAGAAAUGGAGGGAGGAGAGGGUGGAGGCCGGAGAGGAUGCGCAGAGGAGAGAGGGCCUCUGAAGGGGAAGUGGGACUUGUUAGAGUGCGAGGUCAGCUCUCGUCCAAUGAGAUUUGAAAUCCUACAACCCUGAGUGUUUACUUAAAAUAAAUGAUUGGCGGACGGCUAUAUCUGUCCUCGGGUCCUUUAGUUAGAUGGAAAGUGGUGGCCCUUUAACAAUUGGAUACUUCCUUUCUUCUCUCCUUGGACUGACAACUGAUCUGACGUGACUGGAUAGUGGAUAAGAUAAGUAAUGGAUCUCUUGCUUGAGUUCUCCCUCACCACAACAAUUCCCAACAUUCUGAAAACAUUCCAUACAUUCCCCCUAACUUACUUGUUCCAUACAUUCCCACCUUGUUGGAUGAGAGAGAAGUGUGUGUGUGUCCAUGCCGGGACUUGGGACAUUCCGACAUUACUCCUCCUGAUCCUGUCAUUCCGAGUGUGUCGCUGAUGGCAACAACAAGGCCUUCCCGCAGCCAUAGAGAGCACGAAGGGGUCGGAGUGAAUAUUUUUUUCCUCUGGCUCCAUCCUGGCAUCGCUCUCUCACUGUCCCUCACUGAACACACACAGACUCACUGUCCCCAAAAUAACAAAACUCUCUCCCUGUCUCCAACUAGACAACUAGACAAAACACACCGUUAACCCCCUACAACAACAUUUUCCCGGGCGCCGAUGACGCAGACGUCGAUUAAGGCACCACACACCUCUCUGAUUCAGAGGUUAAAUGCGGAAGACACAUUUCAGUUGAAUGCAUUCAGUUGUACAACUGACUAGAUAUCCCCCUUUCCCUUUCCUUUCCCAAAACACACACGACUGAACAAAACACACACAUUCUUUGUUCCUUCCUGGACAAAACACACAAUCACACACACUGUCCCCAACAGGACAAAACACACAGACUCUCUCACUGUCCUCAACAGGACAAAACACACACAGACUCUCUCCCUGUCCCCUACGGACAAAACACACCCAUACACUCUCCCUGUCCCCUACAGACAAAACACACCCAGACUCUCUGUAUGCUCUUUAUUGUUGUGACACUGUAUCAAUCAAAUCAAUCAUAUUUAUUUAUAAAGCCCUUUUUAGAUCAGCAGUGUUUUCAGUGAAUUAUGUAAAUCAUGAAGCUCAUCUGCAUUUCCUACAUCUGUAAAUGAGAAACAUCAAGGUUAAUCUCAUAACAAGAGCCUUGGUUUUAUACAAGGUGGUCUGAACAAAUUCUGUAUGCUCUUUAUUGUUGUGACACUGUAUCAAUCAAAUCAAUUACAUUUAUUUAUAAAGCCCUUUUUACAUCAGCAGAUGUCACAAAGUGCUAUACAGAAACCCAGCCUAAAACCCCAAACAGCAAGCAAUGCAGAUGAAGAAGCACGGUGGCUAGGAAAAACUCCCUAGAAAGGCAGGAACCAAGGAUGAAACCUAGAGAGGAACCAGGCUCUGAGGGGUGGCCAGUCCUCUUCUGGCUGUGCCGGGUGGAGAUUAUAAGAGAACAUUGCCAUUAAGGCUAUAUUGUUCCUCAAGAUGUUCAAAUGUUCAUAGAUGACCAGCAGGGUCAAAUAAUAAUCACAGUGGUUGUAGAGGGUGCAACAGGUUAGCACCUCAGGAGUAAAUGUCAGUUGGCUUUUCAUAGCCGAGCAUUCAGAGGUCGAGACAGCAGGUGCGGUAGAGAGAGAGGGAGAGAGAGAGUGAGAGGGCGAGUUGAAAACAGCUGGUCCGGGACAAGGUAGCACUUCCGGUGAACAGGUCAAGGUUCCAUAGCCGCAGUUGAAACUGGAGCAGCAGCACGACCAGGUGGACUGGGGACAGCCAGGAGUCAUCAGGCCAGGUAGUCCUGAGGCAUGGUCCUAGGGCUCAGGUCCUCCAGGAGGGGAGAGAGAGAGGGAGAGAGAGAGAGAAUUAGAGGGAGCAUACUUAAAUUCACACUGGACACCAGAUAUAACAGACUGACCCUAGCCCCCCGGCACAUAGACUGUUGCAGGAUAGUACACUUCUGACUCUUUGUGACUCCUCACAUAAACACGCCCCUCUGAAACAGCAAACUGAUGUUUUCUAGCUUACGUGGCGUACUGUAAGUCAGGGUUGGGGCCAGGAAGUAAAUUGAAAUUCCAUCAACAAGUCCACAUCAACCAUGCAUUUUGGUCAAGAAGUACGUAGAUGUUAUGUCGGACCUCCUGUGAGUGAUUGACUAAUGCUUCUGUUUCUCUUCUCUCCGCCCUUCCUGCCUCUCUCCCUUCUUUAUCUCUCUACUUGCCUCCCCUCUUUAUCUCUCUACAUGCCUCCCCUCUUUAUCUCUCUACUUGCCUCCCCUCUUUAUCUCUCUACUUGCCUCCCCUCUUUAUCUCUCUACUUGCCUCCCCUCUUUAUCUCUCUACUUGCCUCCCCUCUUUAUCUCUCUACUUGCCUCCCCUCUUUAUCUCUCUACUUGCCUCCCCUCUUUAUCUCUCUACUUUCCUCCCCUCUUUAUCUCUCUCCCCCUUUGAUCUCUUUUUUUCUUCUUCUACUCACUCUCUUUAUAUCUCUCUUUCUCAUUCUGUCUUUCUCCCUCCUCCCAGCCCGUAGCCCUAUCUUCUCCCACCUCAUCAUCUCUCUGAAGGGCCUGUGGACCAUCCGUGCAUUUGGUCGUCAGUCCUACUUUGAAACAUUGUUCCACAAGGCCCUGAACACCCACACGGCCAUAUGGUUCCACUACCUCUCCACGCUGCGAUGGUUCCUCUUCCGCUGUGACAUCAUCUUCGUCUUCUUCUUCAGCGCCGCAGCCUUCAUCGCCGUGGGAACCAACCGUGAGUGACACACACAGACAGAUAGACGGACGGACGGACAGACAGACAGAUGCACGCACGCACACACACACACCAUUUUGACAGCUUACAAAUACGUUUGGGCACAUUGUUAGGAGAUGCAGAUUGCAUCGCAUGUACACAUAUCUACAUCAGACCUGCGUAAGUUGUUGCCUCCUUAUGGGCGAUGUACUAAACUGAAGGGUUUGAAUGAAAUGCCAGUAUGUUUGCAUGCACCCGUAGUGUUGUGACAUAGAACAUGUCUCAAUGGACCACAGUGUUUAUGUUGGGAGUGAAUUUAGAGGUAAUCAUUCACUUUCAUUAAUAUCUGUGUGUUUGUGUGUGGAUAACAUCAGGUUGCAAUGAAGUGUGCUAUUACCAGUGUGUCUGCAUGCGUGCGUGAUACUUUGUUUGUUAAUGCUAAUGUGUGUGUGUGUGUGCAUGCAAGUGUGUGUGUGUGUGUGUGACUGCUGACUGCCCAUUGAUAAUGUGUGUAUUCCACAGAGGACAAGCCUGGGGAGAUUGGCAUCAUUGUGGCCUUAGCCAUGCUCAUCCUUGGGACGUUCCAAUGGGCUGUCAUCACCAGCAUCACUGUGGACGGACUGGCAUGUACACACGCACGCACACACACACACACACACACACACACACACACACACACACACACACACACACACACACACACACAGAGUUUUGAUCAAUCAUCACUAGUAUCACGGUAGAUAGACUUGUAUUUGCAUACUACAUUACUAGUGGUCAGUCAUCAGUAACACAAGCACAUGCUCAAUGAAAUGUGAAUAUCCUUGACUUUGUAUGUGCGGGAUACUAUUUAUUUAUUGUUAGGUAAGAAUAUAGUCAGUUCUCCAGUGUGUGUGUGCGUGCAUAUGUGUUGUUGUUGAAAUGAGCUGCGUUCAGGCUCAGUGAUUCUGCUAAUCACAGUGCAGGACAUGUAGUUCUCCUAGUGUUCACAGAGAGAGAAGAAACAUUCAGUGUUAUUGCCAGACCGACUGAUACUACUGCGUGAGAAUAGAACUCAUUAACCAGGGCAAGGGAGCUCACUACUCAAACAUACCGUCACACAUAGCAGGAUAGUAGGUAACACACAUUUACUUAUUUAUUCAUUGACCUCACUUACACCUUACUCACUCACUCCCCCACCCUACACAAACACACACACACGUUCCAUGUUCCCCGGCCCCGACAGAAACAUUCACACAGAUUGUUAGUUACAGAUUGUUAGUUAUUCUCUCAUGACGUGCACAACACACAACUCCCUCCUACCUCUCUCAUCUCUCCAUCCCCUAUUCCCCCAGAUGCGAUCGGUAGACCGGGUCUUCAAGUUCAUCGACCUGCCUCAAGAGGAGCCCAGACCCAGUGGUGGUGGUAAAGGAACAGACCUGGUGAUCGACAACCCCCACGCCCAAGACUGCUGGCCCAACCAGGGCCACAUGGACGUCCAAGGACUGACCGUCAAAUACACAGAGGCCGGACGCUCCGUCCUGCAGAACCUCUCCUUCACUGUGGAAGGAGGACAGAGUGUAGGUUACAUUGGGUGGAGGGGAGUGUGUGUGUGUGUGUGUGUGUGUGUGUGUGUGUGUGUGUGUGUGUGUGUGUGUGUGUGUGUGCGUGCGUGCGUGCGUGCGUGCGUGCGUGCGUGCGUGCGUGCGUGCGUGCGUGCGUGCGUGCGUGCGUGCGUGCGUGCGUGCGUGCGUGCGUGCGUGCGUGCGUGGCUGAUGAGGGGCUGAUGCAGGGCUGACGGUCCUGCUCUCAGGCGGGCAUACAGUAUAUUAAUCUCUCAAAGUCUGUUAGGAGGCUAGAGAGACUCAGACUCUCAGUGGUGUGUCUUGAGAGGUAAUUAGGAGAGAUACAGCUCCUAGUAACGAGGCCUGAGGGAGGCUAUCUUAGUGUUAGCACUUUAGCCUAGCGCACUAGCCAUUAGCUAAAACUUCCCGCUAAUGGCCUAAUUGUCACUGACGCUCUGGCCUGAGGGAGAGUGGUUCUACACGGUGUUGUGGAAGCUACUCUGAAAAUAUAAUUUACCAAGUUACCAAUUUACUUCUCACUGAAAGAAGUUAAGAUACACUAAAGCUAUCCUUAAGAAAAAUAUAGUUGACUUAACUAAAGUUACAUAUCUAAAUCUGAAACCUCAUAGGCUAACAAUCGGAAGAACAGAUCUGGAGUCAGAUGUAAACAGAAUGUGUCAUCUAGCCUUUAAAAACACAACAACUAUGUUUCAAGUGAGAAUUAGGCAGAUCUGAUGCUGAAAAAGAAAGGAAAUUCUGGCCUACUUCACCCAUAUCUUAUAUCUUAAAGUUGUGUGUAUUUCCAGUAGUUAGCUAUGCAAAAAAAGCUAUUAACUACUGAAAACACUACCAAAAUUUGAAUUUAGUUUAACUACCACCAAGCUACUGCAAGUUAAAUUACUGGUUGAACUACAUGUAGUUCACUACUCCCCAAUACUAAUUCUACAGUAGUCUCUCAUUCCACAUUGUUGGUUUAUCAUGGUGAAAAUGCCGGCUCAAGAUCUGUUUCUACAUUUUGAUCUACAUUUUGGGGACAUAAUCUGAAUAGUGUUUUGCUGUGUGUCGGUACUGUAGGAGGGUGUUUUAACUGUGUGGAUGUUCAUUGCUUUGUGUGUAGGUGGGUGUGUUGGGGAGGACAGGCUCAGGGAAGAGCACCCUGCUCUCUGCCCUCCUGCGGCUGGCCUCUACAGAUGGAGAGAUCUCCAUUGAUGGGGUCUCCUGGAACUCUGUCACCCUACAGACCUGGAGGAAAGCCUUCGGCGUGGUGCCACAGGUAAAUACCACCCCACAACUAGACUUGGUGCUCAGAAGUUCAAUGAUAUUUGGCUGUGGAUGAAUGUUUGCCCUAAACUGAUUUGCUUGACAGAAAGUCUUCAUCCUGACUGGAACAUUUCGAAUGAACCUGGAUCCAUAUGCUCGCCACAGUGACGAGGAACUGUGGCGGGUGGCUGAGGAGGUGAGACCCAACGUUCACAUCAGUCACACUGGUCUCUGUUCUAACCCUAACCCUAGCUUCAUGUCCACAUCCCAGUUCAACCCUAACCCUCAACCACAACCCUAACUCUAGUCUUAACCACAACCCUAACCUUAUGUCCACAUCCCGGUUCAACCCUAGCUCUAGCCUCAACCACAACCCCAACCGCUCCCCUCUAUCUCUUUACUUAUCCACUCUCUAUCACUGUCCUCACCUUUCUGUCUGUCCGUCAGUCUGUCUGUACACUGCAGAGAGUCACACUGACACCUUUCCUACCAUACUGUAGUGACCUCAUUCUGACACGCUAUGCUGAUGGUAAGGUGUUGCUUUGUACGUGUGUGUGCAGCAGGGCAGUGACGGUGCCACCAUAGCCACACCAUAGUGGUGGUUGCAUAGCUAGCACAGCCAGACGAGAAACAGGAGACACAUGCAAGACUGCUUCUCUUGACUCUGUGACCACAGGUUAUGUGAUGUUGCUCUCCUAUAAAUUGCGUCAUAGAUCACAGAAUGCACAUACUGUAUUUGUUUUGGCUCCUUACAAUGAAGGUGGUAGACCUUUUCAAACGCAUAGUACUAACCUAAAAUCCACAUCAGACUGACUCAAUGUCACCUGUUUUGCCCUGCUUAUGGAGGUCCCUUGUCAACAGGGGAUACACACAUACCACAUAUCAUUCAAUGAGUCAGUACAUUUAAUUGUUUAUUUGAUUGAUUGAUUGAUUGAUUGAUUGAGAUCCUCCAUGUUUCCUGUUCUAUGUGUCCUCCAGGUGGGUCUGAAGUCAGUGAUAGAGCAGUUCCCAGACAAGCUGGACUUCCAGCUGGAGGAUGGGGGUUACGUCCUGAGUAACGGACACAAGCAGCUCAUGUGUCUGGCCCGCUCCAUCCUCAGCAAGGCCCGCAUACUACUACUGGAUGAACCCAGCGCAUACCUCGACCCCAUGUAAGAGGAGGGAGGGGAGGGAGGGAGGGAUGGAGGGAGGGAGGGAGGGAGGGAGGGGAGAGAGGACACAGAGAGAGAGAGAGACACAGAGAGAGAGAGAAGAGAGGAUGAGAGAGAGAGAGAGAGAGGAGAGAGCGAGAGAGAUGAGAGAGAGAGAUAGAGAGGAGAGGAGAGGAGAGGUAGAGGAGAAUAUCGAGAGAAGACGUCAGAUAGAUCGACCGUUCGCGCUCUGCAGGAUUGAGAGAGAGCGUCGACUAUGAUCUCGUUUUGGAGGUUGGACAUGGAAGAUAAGUGUGUGUGCCAGUGGUGGCUGGUGGCACUUUAAAUGGGGAGGACGGGCUCAUAGUAAUGGCUGGAAUGGAAUGAAUAGAAUGGUCUCCAACACAUCAAACAUGGUUUCCAUGUGUUUGAUACCAUUCCAUUCACUCCAUUCCAUUCAUUAUUAUGAGCUGUCUCCCCCUCACCAGCCUCCUCUGGUGUAUGUAUGAGGCUGCAUUUACACAGGCAGCCCAAUUCAGAUCUUUUGCCAAUUAUUUGCAUAUCUGAUACCUAUCUGAUAUUUUCACUAAUGUGUAAUCAGCCAAAAAAAACACAUGGAAUCAGAUUUCUUUCCACUAAUUGUUUUUGGCCAAUCAGGUAAGCUCUUUUGACAAUAAUUGGGCAAAAGAUCAGAAUUGGGCUGGCUGUGUAAACACAGCCUUUGACUUCCGAUUCAUUCCGCCUCCAUACAGUACGUGGAUCUGAAUCCUGAUACAAACCUGAUCUUCCAUAUGCGACCUCUGUCUGGACGCUCAAACAGAUUUGUUUGCUCUGAAGUGUUUUUUGUUGUUGCACAGGACCAGUCAUUACAAUGACAACCACCCCUCUGAGGCUACAUCCGUGUGAAUGUGCAAAUCUGAUAUGGAUCACAUGUAAAACUGAGUGUGGACAGUCAGAAAAAAAGAUUGGCUAUAGAAAGAAAAUCAGACUGGGUUCUUAUGGUGGCUGUAGAAAACACAGCCUAACAGUCUCACUGCAGGUGGUGACAAUUCCAGCACUUACUGUAAGUCUUUGUGACUGUGUGUGUUUGUGCAGUAUGUGUGUUACCACACGUAAAGACACACGUAUUUAAGCUAAAUGGUGCCUGUAAUGAGUGAAUUAGUGGUGGUUGAUGACACCGGUCUACUUCAGAGCUGCUGCUUUCAGCGUCAUCUCAGCAGGAAGUGCACAUUGGGGAAGGAGUGUGUACAUAAAAGGAGAAUGAGAGACAGCAUGUGUGUGUGUUUAUAUAUGUGUGUAUGUAGGCCUAUUGUUAAACUCUCUGGUUAAUUUAGUCUACUUUGGUUUGUGUAUGGUUGACUGAAGAACGUUGUCUAAAGGUUGUGUUUUGGUUUGUUUCUGGUUCACAGAACGCUGCAGGUCCUGAGGAAGACGCUGAAACAGUCGUUCUCCAACUGUACAGUCAUACUGUCAGAACACAGAGUGGAACCACUGCUGGAGUGCCAGUCCUUCCUGGUUAGUGCACACGCACACACCUAUCUCCCUUUAAGCAUUAGGUUUCCCCCUUUGUUAAGCUCCCAUCUCUUCCAUUAAAAUGAUUUAGAGCUCUAUUAGGAAAUACUGCAUUCACUGUAAACACUGCAGAUGUCGGCUCAAUAAGAAAUGACCUUUACACACACGCUUCAGCGAUACAGAUUGAAUAGAGCAGUGUUCCCCAACCCUGGUCCUCCAGUACCCCCAACAGUAUACAUUUUUAUUGUGACCCUGGACAAGCACACCUGAAUCAACUUGUCAACUAAUCAUCAAGCCCUCAAUGAGUUGAAUGAGGUGUGUUUGUCCAGGGCUACAAUGAAAAGGUGUACUGUUGGGGGUACUGGAGGACCAGGGUUGGGAAACACUGGACUAGAGCCCUUGGUAUUUCCCUGUUGGAAGUGAGAAUAGAGCACAAACCACCAGCUAAACAAAAUUUUUCCUCCAUUUUAGAUAGUGGAAUUCAAUUAUUCUAUCAGUGCAUCACCAUUUGUUAGCCUCACUGCAAAGAACAUUUGAUUUACAGUGUCCCAUGACUAAGGGUAUUGUGUGGGCUGUGUGUGUGUUGGUACACGCUCCCUGUAUAAGUGACCUGUGUUUGUGUUCACACAAGAAGACAGCGUGACAAUGCAGGCACAGUAACAUAAGACAUGAUGCUGGGUGUUUGACACUGGAAAAUGUUCAACAUGUCAUUCUAUCUGCAUUACACAACCUAGUGUGUCAUUUUAACCCUUCAUUGUACCAAAUUGUCAGCAGUUUUACUGUGGUUUGUAUAGGUUUGAGUGAGGUAUGAGUUGAGUUCAGAAUGAUUGUCAGCACCAUGCUCUAACCCACGGAGCUAUUGGAACCAAACAACUAAUCCCCCCCCCCAACCCUCCAGAUGAUUGAGGGCAGUUCUAUGAAGUGGUAUGACUCCAUUCAGAAGCUGAUGAACGAGACCAGCCACCUGAAGCAGGCCAUGAGUGCUGCUGAGCGCCACAAACUCUUCCCUCUGCACUGCCUCAACUCCAGCAAGCGACCCCCUCAGUCCCAGCAGCCCAAGAUCACCGCCCUGCAGGAGGAGGCUGAGGACGAUGUCCAGGAAACGCAUCUU